CAAGUUAAGAAGCUCCAAAAUAAAAAAUGGCAGCUAAAAUCCAUCCUUCAACCACGAUCAUUUUCUGUACUUUUCUUUUCGUGUCGUCGAUGGCAUCGGCCAUGGCGAAGGAGCAGCCAUUCGCAACAAACCUGGACCCCAAAGUGUUGAGGCUGAAGAAAGAGAAACUGACCCAUUUUCAUAUGUAUUGGCACGACGUCGUUGGGGGGAGCAAGCCGGGUGACAAGCCCACGAGUUUCAAAGUGCUGCCCGCGCUCAGGCUCAACGACACCACAAAUUUCGGGCUGGUCAACAUAUUCGACAACCCAUUGACCGUCGGCCCGGAGCCGGAGUCGCAGCUGGUGGGUAAGUCGCAAGGGCUCUACGCGUCCGCCUCGCAAGACCAAUUCGGGCUUCUGAUGGCCAUGAACUUCGCCUUCACCUACGGCAAAUACAACGGCAGCACCAUCACCAUUUUGGGACGGAACGCCAUCCUCGACACCGUUCGGGAGAUGCCGGUGAUCGGAGGGAGCGGCCGGUUCCGGUUUGCUAGAGGCUAUGCUCAGGCCAGGACCCACUUUGUCAACUUCACCUCAUUGGAUGCCAUCGUCGAGUAUAAUAUUUACGUGUUGCAUUAUUGAUUUGGGACACCGUUUACUCGCUGUUCAUUUGUUUACUCUUCUCUAAUUUUUGUUUUUGUUUUCUGAUGUGAUGUGUUGGAAAUUUUAAACAUUUUAUAUUUAUUCUUUUUUGUUUUGUUUACUCGUUCAACUUGGCCAGCAUUCUUCUUAUUAAAUAGAAGAGAGUGGUGGCAGCCUGUUAAAAUUGGACUCUCUGAUAAUAAAAAUAAAUUUUUGUGGGAAAUUAAAUUC